GAACCCUUGGUUUUGAUGUUUUCCCGUCGGACAACAUUAGUGUGCGCAUCUCAGGCGGUACUUUUGGUCAAACUUGAGACUUUCUCGGGAACAAAUGGAGACAGUCAACGUGCUGUUUGUCUCCUCGGGGACUCUGUGGACUAUAAACUGUCCAAGACGGAGAUCCUGAGAGGAUUCAUCGCAGAGAAACUGACAACAGCCGCGCAGGAAAUCUUCGCGGUUGUGGAGAGAACCGUAGCCGGGUACGAGGAGGAGGCUUCGGGUCUGAGGCAGGAGAUCGACCGGCAGAGGAGGCAGCUGGAGGCGGUGCUGCAGCCUCGGGUCUCUCUCUGUAGGACAGAUGAACCUGUAUGUGAAGAGGAAGAGGCUGGGGGACGUGGACUACCAGAGGAGGAAGAGCAGCAGUCUCAUGUGGAGGAUUCGUGGAGCUGUGAUGUCUUAGGCCACAUUGAGGAAGAGGCGGGUGAAGAUGGGGGGCAGGAGUCUGCUGAGGAGCCAGUACAGAGUACUAGUCUAGAUGAGGAGGAUCUAGGGGACCCGGAUCAUCAGAUAACAAAUACAAGAGGUCAGUGUGUGAAGAGGAAACGGAGUCAUCUAAACCUCAGAGUCUGUCUAUUAGAGGACUCCCAGACCACUGUGCUCACAAAAGGUGUGUUAAAGCACCUAGUGCAGGACUUGAGAUGUGAUCGAGGCCUGCAGGAGAACGACUUCCUGGACCUGCUGAGGUCCACCUUCCCUCAGCUGACCGGACACUUUGAUGUCUUUACCACUGACACAACCAGGACAUUGACGCCUCUGAAACUAAACACGCUGACACCAGAGGAGAUCCAAAGGUCCAUCCAAUCCAUAGGGAAAGGAAGAUCAGCACUUUAUAUUCGAGCAAAGAGAAAAGACGAAGCAGUCAAUGACACGAGCAAUGAUAAAAACAGGCCACAUGCAAGUUCCCACAACAAUCCUCAAGAAAAAGUGGAGGUCAACAAAGCAGAUCGUGUGUUCAACUCGAGAUGGCAACAAGUGGAAGCAGAGAAAAAUAAAGAAUAUGGAAUAUCAGAUGACUUUAGUGCUCUUUCUUCUGCUUGCUCUGCAGCUGAAAGGGACGAUGAUGAUGACGUUGAUGAUGAGGUGGAGGAAGAUGACGGAGAUGAAGAAUGGAAACCAGACAAGAAAGAUGAGGAGCUGAGGGAGAGUGACACUGAACAGAACUCAUCAAAGACGAUGACGAAACCGAGGGAAGUCGAACAUUCAGGAGUCAUUACAAAGAAAAGGAAACAGGUGCAGUCGUCUCUGAAGGCGUCGACUGAUCAGAGCGACGCUCCUCUGUCCUGUAAAGUCUGCCAAGCUCUUCGUGGGUCAAUGAACAUGUUGAUCAAACAUGCCUGGAGUCAUGUGGACGAUCCAGAAAGGCUCUGUGGAGUUUGUGGAGAACAUCCAGAGUCUGUAGAGGAGCUGAGGAGUCAUCUUCAAAGUCACCAGAAAACACACCGCUGCAACGUCUGUGGAAAGUCUUUUCUCACUGUUGUUGGUCUGAAUAGGCAUGCUACUCUACACAGAGGAGAGAGACCAUACAAAUGUGAUGUUUGCCAUAAAGCGUAUACGAAUAAUUUUACUUUGAAGACUCACCGGUGGAAGCAUGUGGAGGAUAAACCACACAAAUGUGAUGUCUGUAAUCAGUCUUUUGCUUUUACACAACAGCUGAGGGUUCACAGCAGGACCCACACAGGUGAGAAGCCUUACAGCUGCGAUGUGUGCGGUAAAUCUGUCGGUGACCUUCGGUCUUUAUCCAGACACAAGUUGGGUCACACUGGGGAGAAACGUUACAGCUGUCAGGUUUGUGGGAAGCAGUUUUUAACUCCUGGAAUAGUAAAGGAACAUGAGAAAAUUCACACUGAGAGAGAGAAAACGUACCUCUGUGAUAUUUGCUGCAAAAUGUUUCCCACAAGAGGUCAGUUAAAGGUUCACCUGAAAUCACACAGCAAGGAGAAGAUCAUGUGCAGCGAAUGCGGUAAAGGAUUGUCAUCUCAAGGAGCUCUGAAGAGACACAUGUUAAUUCACACUGGAGAGAGACCGUACGGAUGCUCAGAGUGUGGAAGAACCUUUAACAAAAGGAGCAUUCUCAGGGCCCAUCUGACAACCCAUUCAGUCAUCAAACCAUUUGUCUGUGGGGUUUGUGGGAAAGGUUGUGCUCGCAAAGAAUACCUGAAGGUCCACAUGAGGACCCACAACGGCGAGAAACCUUACCAGUGCACCGUCUGCGACAAAGCCUUCACUCAGAGCCACUGUCUGAAAACACAUAUGAAGAGCCACCAGAGGGAAGAACAGCCAGUGUAAUGGCCCCAUGUUGAUGAUUAUUCUGUUUAUCACUUUAAUUUUGCAGCUGGUGAAAGUGCAGCUGAUUUGAAUUUUUAGGACACUUCUAGCUUGUGAAUUUAACUAACUAUCAUUAGUUACAUCAUUUGCUAUGUUUGCUCGGUAUUUGUCAUGGAAUUGGAUCCAACGCAUAUUGUGCUCAGUUUUAUCUUCAUACAUAUUUUCUUCAUUUCUUCUUUACUUUCAUACAUGCUUUAAUGGUAAAACUAGAACUGCAAGCAGUUAUAAGUGGGGUCCAAGUCGAGUCGACCUGGGCGCCCCGCCGUGGCUUCGGGGGCCCGUGGUGAAUAAAUGACCAGAGUUUGAAACGUAGAUAUAAAAUUAA